AUGACGAAAUCAGCAGUUGGUGCGAUUCUGGCUAUCGCCCUUGCUGCCGCGUCGUCCAUAAGAGCGUCGCCGCCUGGAGCAGUCUACAUCGACCCUUUACAAUACAAUGUUGUGGGAGCAAACUACACAAAAUGGCGCAACUCGUCCCUUAUUGGUUUUAACCCCACCAACAGUGCACCCCCAUUCAUUCAGGUCUUUGACUCGUCAUUCCUCGAUGUCACCGGACCAUCUGCCACCAUUCGCGAAAUUGCUUCGAAUCCUGGCUUUGCUUUUGCCCAUGAAGCGCCCAUCUACGUUCCAGAUCUCAACUUGGUCUUCUUUGCAAGCAAUGGCGGGGGCGCACUUGGGUACAGUGGCUGGUAUAACAGCAGCGUUGUUAGCAUGAUCAACAUGACAGAAGUCGACAUGGCGCUGGCUUCUACGCCUGGAAAUGUCAAUAUCCAGGUUCAAACACUCAACCUCUCCGAUAAUGUCCAAAUGGUCAACGGGGGAACAGGCCCAUACAAGGGAGACCUUCUGUUCGUUACCUCAGGCCGCGCUUUGCUUCCGCCUUCUGUUGUUCGCGUCAAUCCUAGCCCUCCCUACAACACCACUGUUAUUCUGGACAACUUCUUGGGCAGACAGUUCAACUCGCUCAAUGAUAUCAAAAUUCUCCCUGGCACGGACAUCAUGUUCUUCACCGAUCCUGCCUAUGGGUGGCUAAACGGUUUCCGUCCUGAACCAAUGUUACUAUCACAAGUAUACCGCUUUGAUCCAUCGACUGGGCAGGUCAGAGUUGUCGCUGACCAGUUUGUGCACCCGAAUGGUAUUGCGUUCACGCCAAAUGGCAAAACUGCAUUCGUCACCGACACGGGUAUUUUUGGAGGCUUCCUCGGGACAAAUCAGACCUUUCCGGCCACAAUCUAUCAGUUCGACGUCGACCCAACGACGCAGUCGUUCAUGAAUCGUAGAGUGUUCGCCUACAGCGACUCUGGUGCACCCGAUGGCAUUCAGCUUGAUACCAAGGGCAACGUUUAUGCCGGCUGCGGCGAUGGUAUUAAUGUCUGGAAUGGGGAAGGCACGCUCAUUGGGAAGUUCUAUCUAAACAGCACCACGGCCGAGCUGAUGUUCACGAAGUCUGGUCUCAUUAUUUUGGAGGAGACGGCGAUGUAUGUGGCAAAUAUCCAAGCUCACGGAAUGAAUCUAGCCACGUGGUAG